AUGUCUCCGCGUCACUACACCUUCCCAUAUCUUACUAUUGUGAAUCAGGACAAAAAUUUUGCCCUCCAGCGCGAUUGCGUGAUCAAAACCGAGGGGAACAAUAGCAGGUUCAACUCCGAAAUCGCAGUUUUGCGCUCUCAGGUGGAUACGCUGCAACAAACAGUUCUUACCCUGAAAUCCGACCACGGGGAUAUCGUCGACGCUCUGAAAUCUGAACAUGAACGCAACCUCGCAUUGGCGGAUGAACGAGCAGACCGUCGUUCGGCUGCUGCAGAGGACAAAGUUCGCGAGUUGACUGCUGAAGUAACUAGACUGCAGAUACACUAUGAGUCGCCUACCAGGAGCCAAAAACGCCAAGAAGAGAUGAUUCAAGCCGAGCGCCGUAUACAGGAGCUAAUAGACUCGAACAGCUCCUUGGUGAACGAAAUCGACGCUUUGAGGGAACGCGGCAGGAACAUCCAGUCGCGCCACGAGAAUGGAGACUUGACGACCGAAGAGAGGGUAUUUAUUGCCGGCCUUGUGGGCAGCACGAAGGCCAUUUUCGCCCAUGAAUUGAUUGACAAACGCAAUGAACUGCGCCAGCGCGAGAACAAGAUCGAGAAGUUGACUGCUCGCAUCACUUUCCUUGAGUCCUCUCUUAGAUCUCAGAUUACCGAUCAGUCUCCCAUGGAAGACGUCACGACCUCGACAGUCUCUCGUCCCACGACUUUGACGACUGGCAUCGUUCGUUCAAACGCGGGUGUGCGCCAGGAAAUACAUACCAAGGAAUCUACUGCUCAAGGAUCAAAGGCGAAAGUUGACGGUCAAUCAAGGGCAACAGCCUUAAACCCGAACGGGAGCUUGAGCGACGAUUCCUCACCUCCCAGAGGUGUUGCACCCGCUAAGCGCCAGCGUGCCGCCGAAGCUGUAACGGAGUCUAAGGUACCGAGGCGCACGGUAUGA